AUGGCCGGCGCGAGUACUUCGAAUGCCAAGGGAAGUGGGUUGUUCAGCCGAGAAUUAACCGAAGUGCUAUUCGGCCAAGGCAUUCACCGCGCGGGCUCCUCUCUCGACUCCGAGAAAUCAAAGGCAACCAAUAGAGUGGUGAUCACGCUAAUCCCUGGUAUUAAUGCAGGUGCGUUGCAGAUACUUCAGACGGCAUGGUGGGUGUGA